AUGUGGGAAGCGAUUGAGCGCGACGGGAAGCCAGACAUGGAAACUCUUGGAGUGGCCCUGCCUGAUAAUGGCCCUGAUAAUGGCGUCUUCCACGCCAUCAUGACCGGAAAGCCCUUACAACACUGGAUUCCCGUUUACGGAAGGUAUUACGCUCUUGCAGGAUGGAACCCGAAAUCCGACACCAGCUACGUUCAGUCGUGGAUGUUCAAUCUGAAAUCGCCCUACCGCUCGCAUAAAGGAAAUGCAGAUCAUUUUUGGUGGCUUGGCCUUCUAAUGCCAUGCAAGAAAAGAAUGAAGGACACGGUCAGCUAUGACUUCACCGAGUUCAGCGUGAAGUAUAAAUGCACGUGA